AUGGGUUUGUCUAUUGGAUUGGCCAAACAGCAGGAGAGCAGGGGACAAUUCAGGUGUCAUAUCUGUGGGGUAUACCUUGUGGCAAAGCAAGGGUUAGAGAGACAUAUGAGGCGGCACACAGGAGAGAAGCCAUACGAAUGCCUAGUUUGCAAACGCGCAUUCCCACACGGCAAUUCCUUGUCAAGGCACUUGAAGCUCCAUACUGGUGAAAGGCCAUUCAAGUGCUCUCAGUGUGGCAAAGCGUUUAUAGAAUCUGGUGCGCUGAGGAAGCAUGCUUUUGAGAAACACAGGCAUAGCUUGUACUACCAGAAUCGUACCCCAGCCUCCCCAUGGCCUCUUGUGCUAUUCCCGUGUCAAGUCUGCGGCAUGAAAUUCACCCGGAAACAAGUCCUCCACAGGCACUGGCGGACUCACACCGGAGAGAAGCCAUACCGGUGUUCUCAAUGUGGCAAGGCUUUCUCACAGAAAAACUCCCUUCAGCGACACAUUCGUAUCCACACCGGAGAAAGACCAUUCAAGUGCAAAUACUGUUCCAAGGAUUUCAUUCAGUCUAGUCACUUGAAAUACCACAUGGUUGAGCACCAUAGGGCCUUGGCAGGGAAGGAAUAAGUGAUCUCUUGAUGUUGCUGACAGAUUCUACCAUGAUGCAGCUGCGAGUGGGUCGACUCAUAAAACUCCACCAAUUUACACAGAGACGUAGCUGCCCUUUUCCUCACAUGUUUGUAAAGCAAUAUUACCGUGUAACAAACAAAAUAAGCAUAGGCACUACCAGGUAUAAGGAAUGUCAGUGAAACGUCUUCGCCAAGGUCACAAAUGUUGUCACAUUUCUGUCUCAGGUAUUGACCCAUGAUGUUCAGAUAAGGAGUUUGGUGUCUUAACCUCUGUUAUAUCACCCUCCUGAAUAUUUUAUAGUUGUUCCAAUGCAUUUCUCUCAAUGUCUAGGAAGAAGUUGAGUUUGAAAACACAAAAAAUCAGAUUCUUCGAUAAUUUUCAGUUCUUCUGGUGAUACUUUCUGUUCUGGCUUUUAUGCUUUUUUCGAGUUUGAGCCCAAUGAUAGACUUAACCUGUCGGCCUUUAAUACGAGGUGCAGCACUGUAAUGUUUAAUACUGUAGGCUGAACUAUGGAGUAAUCAUACUUUUGUUUUAUAUAGUGGAAGAGAGAGAACAAUCAAUUUUCUUUUCUUUUUCAUUGAGGGGACUUCAGGUCAGCUUAGACCCUGUGUCAAAGAUCACACACGUCGUGAAUCUCAUCGGUUGUAAAUAAUGCUAUUCCUCUACUAUUUUGCAGCCAAAGU